AUGGCUGAACUGGCCAUCAGAUCAGCACAUGGCGCCGUAGACUCGCUACUGAGACGCCUCACAAGGCUCAUUGAAGACGAAGCAAAGCUGCUGAGCGGUGUCCGCGGCGAUGUCCAGUACAUCAAGGACGAGAUGGACAACGUUCAUGGAUUCCUCCUCAACUUCGUGGAAGACAGCUGCACGGACAACCAAAUGGAGGUCUGGGUUAGGCAUGUUAGGGAACUCGCUCGCGAUUCCGAAAAUUGUGUCGACGUCUACGAGCACAAACUCAGCACCAGUGCCGUUGCCCGUGCCCUUGCCCGUUACAGCGGCGGUUCCGAUAUUUUGUUGUGGUUCAACAGGGCUUUGUACCGGUUCGGGAUGCUUAUGUACACGGUGCCGGCACGCCACCGGCUCGCCACAGAGAUCAGACUGCUCAAAGAAAGGGCUGAACAUGUGAGCGAAAGGCGCACCAGGUAUGGCGUCCGCGAUCCUGAUCCUCAGAAGAGGGCAAAGCAACUUGAGGAAGUUUGUGGAGAUGAUACCAACAGGAAGAAAGACCCCAGGAUACAACAUUUGUUAGGCGACGAAGAUGAAAGCCUAGCUGGGAUUUUGGAGGGUGAUUUGAAGAUGCUGGUAUCUUGGUUAAUUGGGCAAGGAGAGGAGAUACAACCGGAUAUGCUAGUGGCCAAGCGGUUGACUGGGCCAGAAGAUGAGAUGCCAUGGCCGAAAAUUCCAGUGGACGAAUCAGUUUCAGUUGCGGGGACGUCUUGGCGGGAAAGGAGCAAGAGAAGGCCGGGCUUGGCAACAGCAGUCUCAAAGAGAUGGAUGCUGCGCUCGAUGUCCAGGAGGAAGAUCAUAGGCCUCAAAGAGCAGCUCGCUCAGCUAGAAGACAAUAUGCCCCAGCAAGACUUUCAGCUGGGGUGUAUUACAGGGUCAAGAGACAGGAUGCCACGGCAGGAUUUUCAGCUGGGGUUUAUCAAAGGGUCAAGAGACAAGGAUUCACGACCCAGGGUCAUCUCCAUUGUGCAACAGCGAUCAGGUGAUGACGAUCUGAAUUAUGCACAGAUAGUGUUUGAAGACAGUUUGAUAAAGGACUUCUUUGGUUUCAGAUGUCGGGUGAGGGUUGGGGAAAACCAUGCCAAAUGGGUAUUCGACGACAUAAUCAAAGACAUCUCAUCUCAGCAGGUGGAUCUGAAAGAGUGGCAAGAAACCAAGUAUUUAAUUGUUCUUGAUGAUGUCCGUGACGAAUCACUAUGCCACGAAAUCAUAUCUGGGUUUCCUCCUACUACUGCUGGUGGUCAUUCUGUAGUUCUAGUGAUCACCCACUCAUAUGCUCUAGCCCGUUCCUGCUCUCCAAAUGCAGUCUUCCCCCCUCUGGAGCCUAUUGUCAAGUUCUUCUUUGGCAAAGCGGUUUCCCUUGUUGAGAACAAUCCUGAGAAUGACACCCUGAAGCAAGUCAUUCGGUCCAUUUUAUCAAAAUGUGCACCCAGUCUCUUGUGCCUCAAGGCAUUCUUACAUGUUCUCUAUGUCAAUCCUAUGAGGAACAUACAAGAGCUUCAGGGCCUCUGCAACGACCUAACCAGUGACUCUCCUGGCAAUAUUCGGCACAUCUUAAUGUUCUGGUACAACAACCUCCCUCUCCAUUACAAGAACUGUUUGAUCUAUCUAUCUAUCUUUCCCCAAAAUGAUGGCGAUCAUAUCAAAAGAACGAGCCUAGUCAGGCGAUGGGCAGCUGAGAACCUGAUCACCGGAAGAAAUGGGUCAGCUGCACAGGAUGAAGCUGAACACUGCUUCAAUGUGCUUGUUGCAAAAAGAUUUCUUCUUUGCACCGGCAUUGGUGCUGCAGGGAAGGUCAAGAGCUGCAGGGUAAACAGUUUGAUAUCAAAAUUCAUCAGCGAUAUUGCCAGGGAGGAAAAGUUUGUGGAUGCAGAUCUCCAGCAAGAUUUCAGUAACCGGAUAUCCAUUCACAAUAGAAGCCAACUGCAACAAGUGUUAGGGACACUUCAGGCAUCUCCUCGCCCCAGCUCCUGUUGGAACAUUCGCAAGCACUCAACUGAUACUGAAGAUGGUCAACCCUUGGAUGACCUUACCAAGUUCCUUGAAACACUGCCUUCAUUUGCUCAGCUGGGGUUGGUUAGAGUGCUGGAUCUCGAAGGCUUUGAUGGUUUGAAGGAUCACCAUGUGGACAACAUCUGCGAGAUAUUUCAGCUAAGAUAUCUAAACCUUCGGAGGACUAAGAUUACCAAACUGCCCAAGAAGAUGGAGUAUCUUCAACAGUUGGAAACACUGGACAUUCGGGAAACAGCUGUAAGAUCAUUUGCUACAAAAGUUGUAGUGCUUCCAAUGCUAAAGCAUAUGCUCGCUGGGUACGCCCAACACUCAAACGAAGACAUGGAGUCAUUUUCCACGGUGUGCAUGCCUCGUGGAACUGGGGGCAUGGGAAAUCUGCAGAUACUGUGCCAUGUAGAUGUUUCGGGCAAAGAAGAUCGGCUGGUUGAGAUUGGGAGGCUACAACAGCUUAGAAAGCUAGGUGUUGUAUUCCAAAGCAACAGAAAUAAUUUCAAGCACUUGCUCCAGGCAAUUGAGAAGCUGAACAAGAGCCUCCUCUCUCUCUCACUCCGUGUGGAAACAACACAAGGCCAUGAGAUUACAGACAUUAACGCAGCAGAGCCUACAGCAUUCUCACCUCCAAAGCAUCUUCAGAGCCUAAACCUUUGUGGCGUCAGGGGAGGAUUGCCUCGUUGGAUCAAGGAGCUCCACAAACUUGCAAAGUUAACUCUGUGUGAAACACAUUUGGAAGAAGGCGACAUAACAUCCCUUGGCGAGCUCAUUGGGUUACGCUGUCUCAGGCUCCGGCACAGGUCGUAUGUCCAAACCAAGCUGACCCUUCAGAAAGGAGCAUUCAAAAAUCUUGAGUUUAUUCUCAUAGAAGGAUCAGACAUUACUGACAUCAGCUUCCACAAGACCCCCAAGAUAGAGAAGAUAGUUUGGAAGUUCAGAGAGAUGAAAUCAAUUCAUGGAAUCAGCCGCCUUCCACGCCUCAGCCGGCUUGAGCUCAUUGGCAACUGCGACCCAACUGCUACCAAAGAAGCACUUUUCAACCAUCCAAACCGGCCUGUCGUAAUUCACAAUGGACAGGUAAUACACAGUGGCGGGCGAAGAUGAGUAGAGCCACUUGAGUGCAAUUCUUGGAGAAGGCUAGCUGCUCGCCGGGAAUCAUCGGGUUGCAUUGUGCUUGUGUGUUUACUUCCUGUGUUUGCUUUCCUGUGUGCUGUUUCAAAAUAAGCUUGUAAUGGUUUGCCUCUUAAAUUUCCAUUCCCAACUUUUUAUGGUUUGAUUUGCUGUAUCUUAAAUAAGCAGACAUUAAGACGAAUACCCGAUGUAUCAGAUUGAUAUUUAUGCAUGGAUUGCGGCAGUUUCCCUUA